AUUAGUAUUACGGGAGCGUGUUGUAGGCAUGGAAUUCCCGAGUAGUACAGCGUAAGAGUUUGUGAUUAGGAGGAAAUGGAAAACCUUAAACCCUAAUUAAACCCUUAACUCUCAUUGUUGAAGUUGGAUCUGAUUCAAUGACACAUAAUCCGAAGCAUACAGUUGAAAUUGAUGAAUGCAGUGAUAAUAAUAGGCCAUCAAAGAUAUCAAAAAUCGAGUAUCCCAAUCCUAGCUACCACGACGGUGAACAAGAAGAAGAAGAAGAGCAAAAGGAAGGGAUGAACCAACACCGUAGAAUCCAACGCUAUUUGGUCGCGAUUGAAUACAUCGGAACUCACUUCUCCGGUUCCCAGAAGCAGCUCACUGACCGUACCGUUGUUGGUGUUCUUGAGGAAGCUUUUUGUAAAUUUGUUGGCCAGCCAGUCUCUGUUAUUUGUUCAAGUCGAACCGAUGCUGGGGUGCAUGCUUUGUCAAAUGUUUGUCAUGUAGAUAUUGAACGAAUCAGCAAAAGGAAGCCUGGUGAAGUGUUACCACCUCAUGAACCUGUUGUGGUUAGAAGGGCCGUGAACCAUUUCUUACAGAAGCAGAAUGGUGACUUAAUGGUCAUUGAUGUUCGAUGUGUUCCAUCAGAUUUUCAUGCCAGAUAUAAAGCACAAGAACGCACAUACUUCUAUCGCCUGUUGUCUGGGUCUGAGCCUCUGUCAACCUUAGAGAAAGAUCGAGCAUGGCAUGUACCUGAGGAGCUUAAUCUUCCAGCAAUGCAAGAAGCAUGCAGAGUUCUAGUUGGACAUCAUGAUUUUAGUUCCUUCAGGGCAGCUGGUUGUCAGGCAAAAUCACCAAUUAGAACUUUAGAUGAACUCAGUGUUGUUGAAGUAAUUCAAAGUCCAUAUUUUCCAUCUGUAAUGGAUAGAGAACGACAAAUUAAAGUCGCUGAUGAUCUUCAUGGCUGUGGCAGCAACGCUGAAGCUGUCAUUCCUGUUAGCUCUAGUGCAAGAAUUGAUAAAGUAAGGGCAUCAAAUGAAGGUGUGGGAUUUGGUAAAAGAAGGUAUCAUCGUUGUUUGGUGGUAACAGCGCGUGCACGUGCUUUUCUUUACCAUCAGGUUAGACUACUUGUUGGUGUUCUCAAAGCUGUUGGCACUGGGAACUUAACAAUUCCAGAUGGUAGUUGAAAGAAUUUUGAAUGCGAAGACUGUUACCGCAGCAAGUCCAAUGGCCCCGGCAUGUGGUCUCUACUUGGGAGAGGUGAAGUACGAUCUACCUAGUUAGUAGACGCUGUGUGUUAUGAUCCUGAUUUGAGGCCUAGCCUAGUACCUCCAAAAAGAGAUGAGAAAAAAUCUAGUCAUUCACUGCCUUUUAAUUUGCAAUUACAAUCCUUGUAUUAGUCUAUCAAAAACAAUCAUUUCUUUGUUAUUGACUAUAACAACCUAUGCCGACAAUACUUACUACCUUCUACCAUUAUGAAUAUAAUGACUCCAAUCAUUUGGCCCCUGCACCUCACGUUUGCUUCUGACAAAUGCAGCAACUUCUUUGGGCAACUUUGCUCCCUCUUAAUCAGCCUCUAUGGGCCAGGCAUUGAAUGAGUAAAUAAUUUCUCAUCUCUUAUUCUUAGAGGUACUUGUCCUCAACGCAAGAAAUUAUUGAAGAUCAUAACAACCGGUUCUUUCAUUGAGAGGGCUACUAAGGGUUCUGAUAAACUAGGAACUUGAGUGAAGUGUGAAUAGUCCAGUUGUUGAGGAUGUCAACUCUUGUACUAUUAUGCGUCUCACCAAAUUUGGACUUACAAUUCUAGGAAUUCUUCCCCUUAAUAGAUCAAUCUUUUGGGAUAGUUUUGUCUUUUAGGCCUAUACUCAUAUAACAUUUUGAAUCUCUUUGGAAGCGCCAUGGAACAUUGUAGAAUAUUGGUGUCAAAUCAAUAGACCUGAAUUUGUCACUGUUUAGACGUGCAUUUGUCUCAUUUAAGGCCCACCAGUGGUUUAAUUUUUAUUUUUACGAUUGUAUCUUUAUACAUUUCUGUUUAAAAAUAUAUAUUUUUCAGUUUUUUUA